CGACACCGUCAGCCAUCUCGGUUCAGUAGCUCGACAAGUCCCUCGGCAUGGAGCGCUUCGCGGGCCGCGUGGCCGUGGUGACGGGCGCCAGCAGCGGCAUCGGCGCGCAGAUCGCCGAGGACCUGGUGCGCGCCGGCAUGGUGGUGGUGGGCGUGGCGCGCCGCGUGGACCGACUCCAGGCGCAGGCCGCCUCGCUGCCCGGGCUCCGCGGCCGCCUCGAGCCGCUGCAGGCCGACCUCUCCAGCACGGACGAGCUGCGCCGCGUCUUCAAGUGGGUGGACGACAACCUGGGCGGCAUCUCCGUCCUGGUCAACAACGCCGCCAUACUGUCGCAGGUGCCCGUCCCAGACCAGGACCCUACCGACUCUGAGAAGCUCAUCUCCACGAACUUCACGGCUGUGCUGAUCGGCUGCUCGCUAGGCGUCGACAGCAUGAAGAAGCACGACAUCAAGGACGGACACAUUAUCAACAUUAACAGGUGGGGUAGAGCGUUAUGGCGGGUCUGCCUCUGCCUACACUUGAAAACAGGGGUGUCGAGGCCAAGGAUGCUUUUGUGCAGCACCGCUGGCCACCGCAUCCUCGCGUCCCCCGGACUCGGGUCCGUCGUCGCGUACUGCGCCACCAAGCACGCCACGGUGGCCCUCACCAAGGGGCUGCGCGCCGACCUGCAGGCGCUCAAGGCCAGCGGCUUCAGGAUCCGCGUCACGAGUCUCAGCCCGGGCUCCGUCCGGACCGAGAUGCUUCCCGAGGAGUACGCCAGCCUGAUUACGGACGAAGACACGCUCCUCAAGACCAAGGAUGUAUCACGCGCCGCGCUCUUCGUCCUCAGCUCACCCCCCGCGGUCGAGAUCGUCGAGCUCACGAUCCAGCCCACCGGAGAGUUCAUGUAGAGAAGAGCCACGCGGGUUUUUGAACGGUAGGACAUGCACGAGUUACACAUUUGCUUACACAAAAUUAAUUGAAUAAACGAUAACAGCUUACUGGCCGUAACGUACUUCACUUGUGACCAAGCUAGUCUUGAGUAGGGGAAAUGACUUGAUUUCGUAUAUUAUCAGACAGACAAUAGGCAUUAUUAGGCAUCGGUUCAUUCUUACAACUAAGCAAUCAGUCAGCUUGGCCAGGCCACACUGUGCGCUCGAUCCAGUCUAUGUGCUGGCUAACGUCGGCGAACAGGUCUGGCAGUAGGUGGCCGUCAGAGUCCCGCACGGUGCAGUACGACAGCGAGGAGGCGAUACCGAGGACGUAGUCGACAGCAAACGAACCUUGGGGCGCCAGGAGGGUGUGCAUGUAGGAGAUGAGCGGAGUGCCAGGGUCACCCUAAAAAAAAACGGAUAGGUUAUGGGUAAUAAACAACAAAAACAAAUU